CCGAGCUCCUCCUUCCCCUGUUUCCAAAAGUCAAAAUUUUCUUUCUUUCCCAUUACUCACAGGUUCUUAAAAUGCUCCCUAAAUCAAAUCAAAUCAAAUAUCUGUAGCUCUCAUAAAUGAUAAAAUUAAAGCCCAUUUCCAUUUCCAUUUCCAUUUUCCAUGGCUGAGAAGAAGAAGACGAAGAAGGAAGAAGAAGAAGAAGGUGAAAGCAUGGCCAUGAAAAAGAUGCAAGUUUUCUACUACCUCUCGAGAAAUGGGCAACUGGAGCAGCCCCAUUUUGUUGAGCUCAAUCUCCCCGCCAACCGCCCUCUUCGCCUCAGAGAUGUGAUGGAUCGGCUGGCGGUUCUGAGAGGGAAGGCCAUGCCCGCUCUCUAUUCCUGGUCCUGCAAGAGGAGCUACAAAUGCGGAUAUGUGUGGAACGACUUGUCGGAAAACGACGUUGUGUAUCCCGCUGAUGCUGUGGGGGCUGAGUAUGUUCUCAAGGGCUCUCAACUCCUUCACCACUCUUCUGAACUCGUAACCGAGUCGGCUCCGAGUCGGAGCUCGGUCCUGCUCCAGUUCAUUGCCUGCGGGAGCUCGUCGGUCUCUAAGGGGAAAACCGGACCAGGUCCGAUUGAACCGGCUAAGGAGAUUGGGAGAAGAACGGAGAGCCUUCGGAAAGGAGUUGCGUGUAAAAUUGCUGGAAAACUACAUGUCGGAGGAGAUGAGGAGAUGAUAAACUACAUGUCGGAGAACCCGAGGUUCGGAAAUUUGCAGUCGGAGGAGAAGGAGUACUUCAGUGGCUCGAUCGUCGAGUCGAUUAGAGAAGAUCGACAUGUCGCGGAACCGGCGCUGAAGAAAUCGAACUCAUAUAACGAAGAAAAGAGCAAGAGAGGAGAAUUUGGAGAUAAGAGAGAUGAAGAAGAACAGAGGGCUCAGGAGGAAGACGGUUGUGGGAAAGGGAGGUGCCUCCCUCGCAUGAUCUCAGCCUCAGCCUCAUCAUCAAAGCAACCCACCAGGCCUUGACACACCACAAAUCAUUUUGGCAAAUUGUUUUUCAUUUUCAACAUUAUGAAUUUUAAUUUAGGACUAUAUAUAUAUAUAUCAAUAUAUGUUGUUGAAGAUAUUUUAUGAGCAGAAUUUUAGGGAUAUAGUUUGAUAUGGUUUUGUUUUAGAAAUCGAAGAUCGGUUGAUGUGGCUUUCGAUUCA